GUGUGCUUCCCUUUUCGAUUCGAGCCCACCGCGCGUUGUGGAUUCUCAGAAUAUCGUGACUGUUUUGAGGGCUUUGCUUGUAUUUCGUGAGGGAACAUGGCGUCCAGAAAAACCAAGGGUCGUGCGCCAACCAAGAAGAGGGCUCAGAGAGCCACCUCGAAUGUGUUCGCCAUGUUCGACCAGGCGCAAAUCUCGGAGUUCAAAGAAGCCUUCAAUAUGAUCGACCAAACCCGAGACGGCUUCAUUUGCAAAGAGGAUCUCCACGAUAUGCUGGCUUCUCUCGGCAAGGAUCCUGAUGACGCUUACCUCGACGGAAUGAUGAACGAAGCACCCGGACCCUUGAAUUUCACUAUGUUCCUUACUCUCUUUGGGGAGAGGUUGCAAGGAACGGAUCCAGAAGAAGUGAUACGGAACGCGUUUGCUUGUUUUGACGAAGAUCAAACGGGACAAGUCAACGAAGACAAACUACGAGAGUUACUCACAUCGAUGGGCGACCGUUUCACAGACGAAGAGGUGGACGAGAUGUUCCGAGAAGCUCCAAUCGACAAAUCGGGCAAUUUCAAUUACAUUGAGUUUACUCGGAUUCUGAAGCAUGGAGCGAAAGAUAAGGACGAGCAAUGAGGAACUUCGACGAGCGCUGUGCCAAGCUGAACAAUGGGAAUGGGGAAAUUUUUAACCUGUCGUAGUGUUAUUCUCUACCGCUAACCAUGUUCGUACACUUGAUGAUUCGCUACGCGUGGAGUGAUCUUCAAGGAAAGAAUCGAUCACGAAAAGCUCUUUUGGUCUGUCAGCUAUUUUUCCCACAAACAUCUGGUGCUCCUUCCCCGAAACCUCAGACUCUCCCCUCUCGUCUAUCAACUUCACUCCACCUUUCACAGAGUGGUUGUCGAAGUUGGAUAUAUCCGCAUUUCGUACGUGAUCUAUGUUGACUCUGUGUAAUAAACCUGACUUAUUGAAGAGAA